GCACGAGUAGUUGGAAAGACUAAUGACUUUGUAAACAUCCAAGCAGCUGUGUCUUGGAAGGUCGUCAGUCGUCGCACGCGAGAUAGCAAUUGUGUUGCAAAGAACUGAAAACGGGAGUAGUUUAAUCGUUCAACUGUCUGACUCGCUAUUUUCUACUGUGCGUAAAGAUACAAAACGGUGGAUUCAAACUGCACGUUUUCCACCGGUGCACUACCUGGGAGGGUUAUUGGAGGACGGUUCAAUCACUACUCUGCCUUGAGAAUGAAUUCUUUGGUGGCGUCAAAAUGUUACUUCUUAUCAUAUUCGGUGCGACCCUGGGUGGUAUGCCUCACUGCAUCAAGGCUCUGCAGCCAGAAGUCUAAGCCUGCCGUGGCGUCUAAGUUGCCGUACCGCGUGAAGCUGACGGGAGGGAAGCGCCACUCCUGGUGUGCAUGUGGCCAUAGCAAGAAACAGCCGUUCUGCGAUGGCGCCCACAAGAAAUUUGCCCCGGACCUGCCGCCUCUCCGCUUCGUCCCUGAGAAGGACACCACGGCCAUGCUCUGUGGCUGCAAGCAGACGGGGAACCCCCCUUACUGCGACGGCACGCACUUCAAAGUCAUCUUCCGCUCCGUCAAGGAUUUCGUCCUGCGGAAGUCGUCCUGAUGUAAAUUCUUUUUGUGUAUUUUGAUGCAAAGAUAUAUUUUUGUUAACAGACGCUGUUUUGGGAUGAAACAAUGUGUAUCAUUCUUGAUUUUCUACCAAAUACACAGUAUAUAUAAUGUA